UGACCCAGUGCUGAAUGGCUGCUGGUCGGUAGCGGGAUUAGAGAAGGUAUGUGCUGCGGUUUGAAGAGAAAGCAAAGCCCCAAAGGUCUCGGUACAGAUAUAUUCAUGUGUGGUAUGGUUGGAGCACACAACGGUUGGAUGGUAACGGAACAUUCGUAUAUAAAUAUAUAAAUACGUUGUCCUCACGGGCCACGGGACAGAAGGACAAGGUGUCAGACUGAUUAUAGCACAAUUAACAAAAAAAAAGGAAGAAGGUAAAUAGGAAUGGCGUGGCGCCAUUAAAGAGAUUAGACGCCUGAGAAAGCUCAUUAGAAAGGUCGAUAGGAAAGGCGAGAGAGCUCUCUGGCAUAAGCUUGCCGGCGAUGAUAGAUGAUAAUUACACCAAUUAUACACUAGGUUUGCUGGGUUAGGAGGACCCAAACCCCCUAAGCUCCUGCGGCUGCUGCUCUAUCGAACCAAUUGAUAUAUACACAUGUACUCAAUAGGACAUAUUUUGCUAAUAGCUACUUAUUACUAUACAUCUUACAUAGAAGACGAAGAAGUAACGAAAUAUGCAACGAACAAGGGGAAGUAAGGUUGAGUAAGGUGAGAUAAGAGUAAAAAAGUCUGACAAUACAAUUGUACUGCGCAAACCACACACAUAUUACUACACUGCCCGUUGUCUCUUCAAAGAAUGUUGGAAGCGCGUGGUUUUUGCGGAUUAAGUCAUAUCGUAGAGGCAUCAUACUGUAAUCAAUUAACCGCGAUGCGUGCGGCCGGAGAAGAAUAUCAAGUUUUAAUGUCGCAGUUUCGUUCGGGUGGAGAAAACAUGUUUAACCAAACACGAAGAGAAGCGACUGAGGAGGUCAAGAGGGAAGACGCGGUUGGCGUGUCCAAUGUGUGAGACACGCCACUAUCUUUAAACGUGUGAUAAUUACAUUUGUGUGCGAGUUCGUGCAGAAAAGCGGAAACAACAAUAAUGAAUCUCGCUAGGCAUAACGGAGAACGCGGGAACUAUCCGUACUUUAUACUCUCUUCAGAAUUUUCUGCCCCGGCUCCGGAGUUCUCUAGUAUCAAUCCCAGUACUUACAUCCAGCAACUAUUUAAGAAACCGAUAAGGUGGAGUUAAUGAACAUAUAUACAUAUAUUUGAACACAAGUUAAUCUGUAAGCCUUUUUAAGUGCGUUCUUAGAAGUUUAAGACCUUUAGACCAGUGAAUGAUCGGUAUUUGUGAACAGGCGCGCGUGUGUGACGGUGUAGGAAGAAGAGAAGUAAUUUAUUGUCAUAUACUCUCCGGAGGAGCAGGAGGAAGGGAAUCAUCACAGACAGACAUCUUCCCGGUGGUUGUGUGGAUAAGUUCAGUAGGUUUAGACAAUUAAAAGCAUAAAGCAUCACAUGCGAAUCUAAUGACGCACAAAGCAAUUCUCUCAUCCCACAAUGCUCCUUAUUCAUAGUAUUUCUAAUGGAUUUAUUAGUAAGCUGCCGCCGAACAGUGGAGGUAAUACACCGGAACCACCGCCACCGUCUUGUGCUGCCGCUUUGGCCGCUUAGGAUAGUGUCAAUGAAGAAGUCAAAAAUGAUGCGCUAGUUAGGGAAGAAGCUCGAAGAUAUCAUCGCGUGAAGAAUAAGAAACAGAGAUGCAAAGAACAGUAAAAUAAAUG